UAUUGCACCAGUUCAGUUAAAAAGAACGGACCGAUAGUUUUCGUUGCACCCUGUAACCUGGUAAUCGCUAAAAACGAUCAUCGUGAAGAAACUAUCCUAUCCCAUGAACACGAUAAAACUGUCACAUGGGUAUAGUUUGAUCAGUCAUUGUACACAUAAAAAAAAUAUGUACAACAAUGCAUACUCUUUUGUGCAAUUUCAUCAACAACGAGCUAUUCACUCGUGCUAUUCUCACCGCAAGAGUGCUUGGAAAACAGAGAGGUUGGAUCAAGCGUUUCUCCUCGUCGUCGUUGUCGAUAACAGCCGAUGUGGAAUACAAUGUGCCUGUUGAAGUUAUUCGUAAUUUCAGUAUUAUUGCACACGUUGAUCACGGUAAGAGUACACUCGCCGAUCGGUUGCUUGAAUUAACAGGUGCCAUAAAAGUAAAUUCCGGCAAGCAAGUUCUAGAUAAUUUGCAAGUGGAAAAAGAACGUGGCAUUACUGUAAAGGCUCAAACAGCUUCGCUGUUUUAUUCAUACAGAAAAAGAAACUAUCUUCUCAACCUCAUAGAUACACCUGGUCAUGUAGACUUUACAGCAGAGGUUCGUCGAUCACUGGCUCCUUGUCAAGGAGUCAUCCUGUUGGUUGAUGCAAACGAUGGUGUUCAAGCGCAAACUGUAGCAAACUAUUAUCUAGCGCGUGAAAAAGAUCUUGCAAUUAUACCAGUGAUCAACAAAGUGGAUUUGAAAAAUGCCAAUCCUGAUAAAGUGCAGAACCAGUUACAAGCAUUAUUUGGCGUGGAUAACAUAGAUGUGAUAAAAAUAUCUGCCAAGUUAGGCAUUGGGAUUGACAAAGUUCUGGAUGCUGUGAUCGAAAAGAUUCCACCACCUAUAGUGUGCAGAGAUAAGCCAUUUAGAGCAUUAGUGUUUGACAGCUGGUAUGACAAGUACAAGGGUACCAUUUCCUUGAUUUAUGUGAAAGAUGGAGCAUUAUCCAUUGGUGAAAACAUUAACUUUUUCCAUGUGGAGAAGUCAUACGAAAUUAAAAGUAUUUCUCUCCUCAGACCUGAAGCGGAAAAUGUGAAGACAAUAUUUGCAGGACAAGUUGGUGCUGUUUCGUGUAAUAUGAAAUCUAGGGAUCUUUGCAUCGGAGACACUUUAUACCUGAAACAAUGUUCCGUCGAGCCUUUGGAACAAUUCAAACCACCGAAACCAAUGGUAUUUGCUGGCGUAUAUCCGAUGGAUCAAUCGCAAUUUGCCUCUUUGCAAGCGGCUAUCGACAAACUUGCUUUGAACGACAGUGCUGUGGCCAUCACAAUGGAGUCGAGUGUUGCGCUUGGAAAAGGAUGGCGAAUUGGAUUUUUAGGUUUAUUGCAUAUGGAGGUAUUUGUUCAACGUCUCGAACAAGAAUACGGAGCACAGCCGAUAAUUACGGCACCUGGAGUUACGCACAAAGCUAAAAUAUUUGGUGCUAAAAAUAUAAAGAAAUAUCAAGGUGAUACGGUAACUUUUAACAAUCCAGAGCAUUUUCCGGAUAGGAAGAUUGUCAGCGAAUUCUACGAGCCUAUGGUUGUGGCGACCAUUAUAACACCAGCUGAAUAUGUGAAUCAAGUUAUGUCGCUUUGUCGAGAAAAGCGAGGCGUUGAGAAAUCGAACAAGUCUAUUGGUAAUGACAGACUCGCCCUACAAUAUAUAAUGCCAUUGAGCGAAGUAAUCAUUGACUUCCACGAUUCUUUGAAAAGCAUAAGUUCUGGUUAUGCUAGUUUCGAUUAUGAAGAUCAUGGUUACCAAUCGUCUGACAUAACCAAGUUAGAUUUUCUCUUGAAUGGAAAACUGGUAGAAGAGUUGAGUAUUAUUGUACACAAAAAGAAGGCCUUGCCAACGGGUAGAAAAUUAUGCGUCAGGCUUCUCGAAACCAUUCCUCGGCAGCUCUUUGAAAUAGCUAUCCAAGCAGUGAUAGAAAGUAAAGUGAUAGCGAGGGAAACUUUGAAACCCUACAAAAAGAACGUAACAGCGAAAUUAUAUGGAGGUGAUAUUACCAGAAGAAAAAAAUUGCUAGCACAACAAGCGCAAGGAAAAAAGAAAAUGAAAAUGAUUGGUAAAAUUUCCUUACCCCGAGACACUUUCAUAAAUGUACUAAAGAAAUAAAAAUGAU